UGAGUUGAUUUCAAAACUUGGUUUUGUUAUGUUUGAAUACGUGAAAAUUAAUGGUAUACUCGUAAUUUUAUUUCCGAAAUUAAUUUUCACCCAGCGACCUUGUCUAAGAUAUCACGUCUAGGCAUGCCUAUCGGAGUUGGAAGUGAGCCAUAAAAAUGUUAGUCAUUUGUAUUCGUUCGUUCGGGCUACUGUUCUACGGGAACGCAGUACGUUCCCGUUUAUUAUAAAUAUUUUGUUUCGGUGCUUUCAGUAUCUUCCAAAAUGAAAGCGGCAGAUAAUAAAGAAGUACGUGUAGACGAUAACCAAUCCGUUUACCCACCGCUCAACGAAGCCGAACAGAGUCUACCUUAUAUUAAUCCACCUCCAUAUCCUGGUCUACCGCAAGCUCCCUCAGCACCUGGGAUUUCACAGGUGACUCCAGAGAGGGCUGCAACUCCAAUGCCUGCAACAAUUUCAGCAGUCAAUCUAGAACAAUCGGUGGGCCCAAAUCCUACCAGAGUGACAUGUAAAUCAUGCUACCAAAAUGUAACGACGAGAAUUAGUAGAAACCCGACAAUACGCACACAUUUAAUAGCUUUACUGUUCUGCGUGUUCGGGUUAUGGUUCUGUGCAUGUUUACCAUACUGUGCGGAUUCGUGUUUAAAUUUGGAUCAUUAUUGCUCAAAAUGUGGCAAUUAUAUAGGUACAUAUAAGAAUUAGGUUGGUAAUUGUUUAAGUAAUUAAUAAUAAAUUUUAAUACUCUCUUUUACUACUAAAAUAUUGCAAGAGGUGAUUAAAUCCAAUACAUUAAAUGUAAGAGACGACGGAUAUAAAAUACACAAUAUUAUAAUGUAUUAGUACUUCUAUAAUUAUUACAUUAUUAAUAGUAAUAUUUGUGCAUUUAUUGUUGUAGUGG